AUGAAUAAUUGUAUCCUUUACCAUUCCUCUUGUAUUCAGCUUGAUGAUGAUUUUGUGUCAGACCUUGAAGAGCCUGAUGGCCACGAUGCCAAACAACUCAAGAAAAAUGUAAUACGCCGACGGCAUCGAGCCUGGCCGGAGGGGUCUGGGGGAAGCAGUGCUGAUGAAGAUGAUGAUGAGGAUGAUGAGGAUGAUCAG